AUAAACACCGCGACGUCACGACACACAAUGGCAGCCAGUGGUACAGCUGUGACGGUUCUCACUCCAAAUGGGAGAAGACAGACAGUCAGAGUGUCUCCAAACACACCGCUGUUACAGGUGCUGGAGGAUGUGUGCAGAAAGCAUGGAUUUAACCCCGACGACCACGGUUUGAAGUUUCAGAGGACCACUGUUGACCUUACGCGGCCAUGGAGGUUUGCCAAUCUGCCCAACAACGCUAAACUGGAAAUGGUGACGAGUACAAGGAAACAGGCUGUAGCUGACAGCCAGGUGCGGAUUGCACUACAGAUGGAGGACGGCUCUCGGCUCCAGGGUUCCUUCUCGUGUGGACAGAGUCUGUGGGAACUGCUCACACAUUUUCCCCAGAUCAGUGUGUCGGAGCUGUCUGAGUCAGGAUCCACCCCCGUGUGUGUUUACAUGAGAGACGAGGUGAGUGGGGAAGAAGCGCUCAAGAAGGCCACUCUGAAGUCUCUGGGUCUUACAGGAGGAAGUGCCAUUGUCAGGUUUUUACUCAAAAACAAACAGGGAGAGGAAGAUGGUGGGGAAGUCACUGAAACAGCUGCUGUGCCAACCGUACCUGUUGCCAAGGAAAUCACACCUAGCCCCCCAUCUCAACCCGAUCCUGCUCCGUCACGUCCGGAGACGUCAACAACGGAGGUGACAAUAAAAAAAUCAAGCCCCCAUAGGCCAAUGGAAACCCCCGCUGCGCCUCCUCCUGCCUCUGCCGCAAGCACACUUCCUGUUCAACAGGAAGAGGUUCCAAACUCCGAGGAUGCAGUUCGGCCGAAGUCUUCUCCCGUGGAGAGAGGACUGCCAGAGGAGGAUGGUGAGAAACCAGGGCCAUCAGGACUGAAUUCUCACCCAUCUUCUUCCUCCUCCUCUUCCGCCGCUCCCUCGGUUCCCUUCAUUCCUUUCUCUGGAGGCGGUCAGCGCCUCGGGGGACCUGGCGGAGGUGCAGUGUUACGGUCACUAUCUUCAUCCUCAUCAUCCUCUGCUCUGUCAACUGUUACUGCUGCAGUAGAAUCACCCAAAGCUAAGAAAGCCAAAUCCAGCCACGGUUCUGCUACCAAGCGUCAAACCACUGCCAACCAGCCAGACGAGGACAUGGACAAGGGGGAGGAGUUCUUGGAGCCAGUAGAGAGGGAGCCUCUCAUCUACCACCUGGACUUGAUGUCCCGUCACUCUGAGGACCACGGGAAUCUGCCCGAUGAGUUCUUUGAAGUGACGGUGGAUGAUGUGCGCAAGCGCUUCGCCCAGCUGAAGAGCGAGAGGAAGUUUUUGGAAGAGGCUCCGCUGAUGACUAAAUCUCUGAGAGAAACACAGAUGAAGGAGAAGUUGGAAAAAUAUCCCAAAGUGGUCCUGAGGGUCCAGUUUCCAGACAGACAUGUUCUACAAGGCUUCUUCAGGCCUCUGGAGACAGUUGGUGCUGUGAGGCAUUUUGUGAGGAGUCACUUGGAGGAUCCUCAGCUCAGUUUCUACCUGUAUUUUUACAUAAAGAGAGAACUGCUUGAAUCGUCUGUCUCGGCCUUGCAAGCAAAUGAGUCCAUUGCAAGCUCCAUGCUCCGGUCCCCGCUGACGCCCACGGGCUCCGAGGAGCCGCUUUCUCCUCCAGAGCCGAGUCUGGACACCAGCGAGUCCACGGAGGAUGAGGAAGACCCCUCUGCACACACCCAGGCUGCUAAACCCACCAGGUCUGAUCUGGGAAAGGUGCCCAAGUGGCUCAAGCUUCCAGGUAAGAAAUAAGACUGCUGCUGUGUGUUGAUGGGAGGACGUACCACGACAGACGUCUGACAAGCUGCUUGCAGACCGAGUGGAGCACUUAAACCUUUGCUGCGCUUUGAUAACGGCUCAACUUUGUGACCGCAGCGGACCUAAUCCGUUGUGGAAGAAGCCUGCACUUGACUAGGUUUUAAAACGGUCAAAAUAAUGAGAUAAAUGACUGAAUAUUUCAUUGCUGAGAAGAUGGUUGUGUUUCACUGCAGUUGGAGGAGAGAGUGCCGCAGAGGCUGUUUUUAUUCAGCUGGUGAAGAUGUAGUGAAAAGUGAAUAAAGAUUGUUGUACUAAAAA